CACCCACCGGCGCCCACAUUGGCCUUCCCCUAGCUCUCGUGUUCGGUUCGCCGUCGCCCUCUCCUUUACUCUUCGUUUUUGCCCCCCGCUCGUGAAAGCUACACGCGAUCGCUGUUAAGAUUUCCCCUCUCCUCCCGAUUUGCCUCUCGCCUUUGCGAUCGGCAAGGUCUUCGGAGGACGAGGAGGAGGCCGGGUAUAUACCGACGUGAGGCCUUUGCGCUGCCAUGUCGAAAGCCCGGGUAUAUACCGACGUUAAUGUUCUCCGGCCCAAGGAUUACUGGGAUUACGAGUCGCUCACCGUUCAAUGGGGGAAUCAGGAUGAUUAUGAGGUUGUGAGGAAAGUUGGAAGAGGGAAGUACAGUGAGGUCUUUGAAGGCAUUAAUGUAACCAAUAAUGAGCGAUGCAUCAUCAAGAUCCUAAAGCCUGUGAAGAAAAAGAAGAUUAAGAGGGAGAUAAAAAUACUUCAGAACAUUUGUGGUGGCCCAAAUAUUGUGAAGCUUUUUGAUAUUGUCAGAGAUCAGCAUUCAAAAACUCCUAGCUUGAUAUUUGAAUAUGUUAACAGUACAGACUUCAAAGUCUUGUACCCUACAUUGACGGAUUAUGACAUACGAUACUAUAUUUAUGAGCUUCUCAAGGCACUAGAUUACUGCCAUUCUCAAGGAAUCAUGCAUAGAGAUGUCAAGCCCCAUAAUGUCAUGAUAGAUCAUGAACUACGGAAACUCAGGCUAAUAGACUGGGGACUUGCUGAGUUUUAUCAUCCUGGCAAGGAGUACAAUGUUCGUGUAGCAUCAAGAUACUUCAAGGGUCCUGAGCUCCUGGUUGACUUGCAAGAUUAUGACUAUUCACUGGACAUGUGGAGUCUUGGUUGCAUGUUUGCUGGAAUGAUAUUUCGCAAGGAACCUUUCUUCUAUGGUCAUGACAAUCAUGAUCAGCUUGUUAAAAUUGCUAAGGUACUUGGUACUGAUGAACUCAAUGCAUAUCUUAACAAGUACCGUCUAGAGCUUGAUCCACAGCUUGAUGCUCUUGUUGGAAGGCAUAGCAGGAAACCAUGGUCUAAAUUUAUCAAUGCAGACAAUCAGCAUCUUGUUUCUCCAGAGGCAAUAGAUUUUCUUGAUAAACUCCUUCAAUAUGAUCACCAGGAUAGGCUCACAGCGCGAGAAGCAAUGGCGCAUCCAUAUUUCCAUCAAGUGAGGGCUGCAGAGAAUAGCAGGAUGCGGACCCAAUAAAACAGGCAGUUCUGUUGCUGCUAUGAAAGUGAGGGCUGUGCAGGCAGUUCUGUUGCUGCUAUGAACUCAUCCCCAUACUGUUAUGGAUUUGAUGUACCUUUGAUCUUCGUCACAAUUAAUAGCACUUGGACGAUGUAUCGUGCUUGUAGUACCGCCCGAUCGAGCCUUUAUCUUCCCCUUCUGUAGCACUCAAUUGUCAUAAUGCCUGAUUUUGAUGUAUACUCGGAAAUCCUUAGUUCUUGCAUUUUUA